AGUUUGGCGAGGUGGCGGCCAAAUUUUGCAGUAGUCGUCGAGAACAUGGGAGCGCACAUGGUCGAGAGCGAGCAACAACAAGGAGAUGUGCGCGAGCUUCUCGAGGAGUUUGAGGGAGUACUGGGCGAACCUAAGGGACUACCACCCCACCGGGAGUUCGAUCAUAGCAUACCAUUGGUCAACGAGCAACAUGCAGUACACGUCCAUCCCUAUAGGUACGCCCACUUUCAGAAAACUGAGAUCGAAAGGCAAGUAGCUGAGAUGUUAGAGUCUGGGUUAAUUCAGCAUAGCUCGAGUCCAUUUUCUUCGCCAGUAUUAUUAGCUAAGAAGAAGGAUGGUAUGUGGAGGUUUUGUACCGACUAUCAGGAUUUGAAUGUCGCGACCAUCAAGGAUCGAUUUUCUAUUCCGAGUGUCAACGACAUGCUCGAUGAGUUGGAAGGAUCACGCUAUUUCUCGAGGCUCGACCUGAGAGCCGGUUAUCAUCAGAUCCGACUCCACAAGACCGACAUUCCAAAAACAGCUUUUUGUACACAUCAGGGGCAUUAUGAGUAUUUAGUGAUGGCAUUCGGGCUGUGCAACGCUCCAUCUACUUUCCAGAUUGGUAUGAAUUCUAUCUUCAAGGAGUACCUACGUAAGUUUUUCCUGGUAUUCUUCGAUGAUAUCUUAGUGUACUCGAAGUCAUGGGUGGAACAUCUGGAGCAUUUAAGAGUGGUGCUCGAAGUCUUGGAGGCUAACUCAUUCCACAUCAAGCCGUCCAAGUGUUCAUUCGGGCAGGAGAUGGUUGAGUACCUAGGCCACUUUAUAUCCUACGAAGGCGCGAAGUUUGAUCCACGGAAGAUAGAAGCUAUGGUCGACUGGCCUAAGACAACGAGUCUUACGCAGCUCCGAGGAUUCCUAGGGCUCACGGGUUACUACAGGAAAUUUGUAAAGGAUUACGGGACCAUCGCCAAGCCAUUGACGGAAAUGACCAAGAAAGGCGGGUUCACAUGGAACAAGGCUAGCAAGGAGGCAUUUGAGAAAUUGGAGGGCGCUGUAACACCCCGCUCAUCAGA